AUGGCUUCGAGGAUGGAGGAGAACACUGGUGCAGAGAAAGUGGUGGCAGGCCAGGGCCAGAAACAAGACGACGGUUUUGAAGUCUCUGCUCCAGCCGGAUCCGCCCACACCCGCGCCCUCAACACCACCGCUACCACCACCUCCGACGACCCUUUCGUGGUUGACGACGAGCAACAGUCCUCGAGCCAUCUCUCUACUCCCCCGACCCCGGCCGAAGAGACCCGCGCCGCUGCCCAGAACGAGGACGUUGACCAGAUCCAACCUCGUCACCACCGUGUCACCCGGACCCUCGAGCCUCCGACUUUCGCUCUCCGAGCUUCUGACAUCCAGUCCGCCGCUUUUCACUCUCCCGGACAAACCACCCAGUCUGACUCGGAAGAGUCUGGCUUUCUCUUCACCCCCGACUCCCACGACCCUUUCUACUACCCGACCGACAUCGACGCCGUCAUCCGUGCCCUCGAGGAUCUUGCCGAGCACCCUCCGUGGCCACGCAACUACAACAUGUCGCCCACUACCCCCCGGCCCCAGCUGGUCUUCGUCGACGGCACCCCUGCCGAGCUCGCCCAGGAGCUGGCCGACUACCUCCAGAUCGGCGACGAGGUCUCUCCGCUGCUCGCCAAGGACCAACAUGAGGAGGCCCUCGCCAAGAUCGUUCGCGCCUCGAGCAACCUGAACUCGGCCCCCGAGAAGGACUUCACCGGCGCCUACAACCUUCUCAUCCACCUCGUCCUCGAGUCCAAGGAGCCUAAGAAGCACCUGCCAACCAUCUGCCAGAACCUGCUCAAGCCCAUCACCUCUUCUCCCGUCAACGGCCCCGGCCUGGCCCUCAACGCCCUCCAGGCCAUCUUCAACCUUCUCGAGCCCACCAACACCCUGCGCUACAAUGUCUUCAUGCAGAUCCUCAAGUUUGUCAAGGGCCACGGCAUGUUCGACACCCUCAAGCCCGCCCUCGCCAACCUGCCCCGAUGGUUCCAGAGCUGGGAUAUGGACGAAGAGGACCAGCGCAAGAUGUACGUCGAGAUUGCCGAUGUCGCGGCCGACGCUGGAGAGGAAGGCGAAUCAUACCAGUACAUCCUGAAGGCGCUGAGGACGAUCGACGCCAAGGACUCGGAGGAGGUCACUUCGGAGGAGGCCCAGCAGCUCUCCCUCCGCGCUCUGCGCAUGGCUCUCCUCUCCCCCACCCAGUACGACUUCCAGGACCUCCGCGUCCUGGCCAGCAUCCAGGCGCUGAGCGACUCCCAUCCCGUCUACUCUCAGCUCCUCGACAUCUUUGCCGAGCAGGACCUUGAGGACUACAACGACUUCACCGAGGAGCACGAGGGUUUCGUCGAGAAGGAGAAGCUCGACCACGAGAAGCUGCAGCGCAAGAUGCGCCUGCUCACCUUUGCCUCCCUGGCCGCCAGCACCCCGAGCCGCGAGAUCGAGUACGCCAAGAUUGCCAAGGCGCUGCAGAUUCCCACCGAGGAGAUCGAGAUGUGGGCCAUCGAUGUCAUCCGUGCCGGCCUCGUCGAGGGCAAGCUGUCCCAGCAGAAGAAGGUGUUCCUCGUCCACCGCACCACCUAUCGGGUAUUCGGCGAGAAGCAGUGGCGCGAGCUGGGCACGCGCAUCGACACGUGGAGGCACAGCCUGCGCAACGUCCUCACCGUCGUCCGGAAACAGCAGGCCGAAAUGGUGACCCAGGCCCAGCGGGAGCAGCGCGAGGCUCAGCGCGACCAUAACAGGGAGCAGCAGAGGGCGCAGUAA